AUGAUUCUAGUGCUUUUAAUCCCAAUCGCCGCUUUCAUAUACAUCACAAUCAGACAGCUUCAUUUGUACAGACUUCUUCGAAAAAGCGGGUUGACACCGAUAUUUGACAUAUUUGGCGUCAAGGGUUUCUAUUGGCUGAACAGCCAUGAAGCCCAUAAAAAUUUCACAGAAAUGUGCAGCACAUUGAACACGAAAACCUAUUCAAUGAUGAAAGGAUCGCAUCCGGUGGUGGUGACAAGUGAUCCGGAAUUGAUUCAUGCAAUUUCAUCAACACAUUACAAUUGUUUCCAUUCACGAAUUCAAGAAAUUCUUAGUGAUUGUCCAGUCAGCUCGAAAACAAUUCACAUGUUUGCUGCCAGAGGGGAACGAUGGAAAAGGCUGCGGACAUUAACUAGUUAUGGUCUAUCAAAUGCUAAAUUGAAGGAUCUUCAUCCAACAAUUGAGUACAGUGUCGGAAAAUUCCUUAAUUAUUUCGAAGAAUUGCUAAUUGAUGACGAAGUUCACGUCACUGAUCUUCACAGCUUAUUUCAAAAUCAUACGUCAUUUGUUCUUAUUCAAUGCGCGUAUGGACCUCAGGAUAUUAAUCAUAGUGAUAAUUCAUUUCUGAGCGUUUUUAAAAAUGCUUUUGGUACCGAUGCUGAUAAGCAAUUCAACGGAAUUGAGAAGAUUGCCUUCUUCUUCCCGGAACUGAGCUCGCUCCUUAAAUCACCCAUUAUGAACCAAUUCAACAACCACAUCGAACGCAAGCUAUUCCUCGAUUAUUUAUUAUCUCUUAUCAAUCGAUUCUUGCAAACAUCGCGAGAAACGCCGGACGAGAAGCAAGAUUACAGUCUACUACAAUAUUUCUAUGAGCAUAAUAACAACAAUUUUGACAUUUCGCAGGAAAAGGCCUACGGUGAAAUUGAUAUGAAGAAAGUGAAAGUCGAGCGAGCCAUUUUAACGGAGGAAAUUGCUGCUCAACUGAAAUUCCUAUCCGUUGCUGGAUUUGACACCACCUCAAACACUCUUGCCGCUUUAUUCUACAUAUUUGCAAAUAAUCCGGAUAUUCAAGAAGAGCUCUAUCGGCUUGAAGUUCAGAAUGCACCUGACAACGUGUCAUUUGACGAUAUCAGCAAUAUGAAGCUAUUGCAAUGCUGCAUUUUUGAAUGCCUUCGUCUUUUCCCGCAUGCAUCUCCAUUACAACAAAGAGUUUGCACGCAACGUUGCACUAUUGGAGAUUUUGAGUUUCAUGAGGGUUUCGAAGUUGUCGUCAAUCCAUGGGCUCCACACAUGGAUCCUAAAAUUUGGGGAGAUGACGUGAAGAUUUUCAAACCAAACCGGUUUGAGAAUCUUACCGACGCUCAGAAGAAAGCUUUCAUGCCAUUCGGUGUAGGGCCGAGGCAGUGCGCUGGAAUGCGAUUCGCCUUGCUUGAAUUAAAGACAACAACAUUCCGAAUGCUUCAACAAUAUACAGUUUCCACAAAUAGCCCGCAACUAGACAGAAAUGGCGCAAAAUUACACAUGACAGUUCGUGAUACGGGAACACUUUGGCCCAGAGACACACUUAAAUUAAUUUUUAAGAGACGGACUUGCAAUAUUUAA